AUGAACAAGGAAGAUGCAGGGCUUAAAUACACAAGUCUUGGUGACAACUCUUCAGCCACCUGUCUGGAGAAUGAAGAGAAAAAAGAGGAAGAAGAGUCAGAUGUUUCUUCUCUCAAAUCCAAACCACCGACACCAUCAAAGACAGAUCCCAACAAUACUUCUAAGAGAAAGUUUUCUUUUAAACAGAAAAGGGACGAGUAUAAACGCUCCUCAAUGGACGAAAAAGUGACUCCUACUUUUGAGGAAUACCUUGAAAUGAAAGCCUUUCGUGAGGCCACUCAGCAACUGAUAGACAAGGAGAAACAUCUGUUUUGGGAGACAGCUGAGGCCAACAAGGAAGCAGUAGAAAAGCUUGCUGCAGACCAUAAAGCCCUUGAAGAGCAUGUAUGGCACAUUCUGCAGCAGAGCUUUUCUCUCAGCACUGAGGAAGCAUCAACGUCUGCUCUGAAGUCUGCAGUAAAAGCCAUCAACCUUGAGGAAGAGCAGGACCAGCUGUGGAAACAAAAUUCUCAAACUCCACCAACCUGGAGGCCCAGCGAGUGGAAGAAGCGCCAUGACGAAGUCCUUCAAAAAUUAGUAAAUGGGCGUAUGGAUAAUCCAUCGAGCCCCACUGGUGACCAGGUGAACCAGUCAACUAUCCAGGCAACUAUCCAGUCCAUGGGCACGCAGCUGAAGGACGACCUGCAGUGGGUGGUGGAGGAGGUGAAGAACUGCUACCCACCAGAGAUGGACAUCUGUAACCUUUAUGCAAGACUGUACCUUGAAACUUUCAAGGCCAGGCUCAGAAAGACUGUGGGUUCUGUGGAUGACAAGGAAUGCAGCUUCCUCCUGCUAUGGGUGAAGGAAUCUUAUCCAGAAAUCCUUGAAAAACCUGAGCUGGCCAGUAAUAUCAAUACUGAAGCGCUGGGAAACCUGCUUCCUGACGAGUUACUGAAACCUCUGGAGGAGCAGUACCUCAGCAAACAACAGAGUGACCUGAUGAUUUAUAUUGACCGAGUAUUGGAUGAAGCAAAGAAAGAGUGGGAUCAAGGAAAGGAGCCGACAAGAGAUGAUGGUUGCUACGCCAGUCCCGUGGCCUAUGAUGUCAUCCAGUUUAUCAACGGCAUCGUGACAUCAGCGGACAAAAUUGUAGGAGACCGACACAAGGCCCAGAAAAUAACAUCCAACCUGACAGACUUCAUGCAGAGGUAUAAAGAGUUUCAUGAAGACAUCAUAAGGCAGAACAAACGGCACAGCAAAGCUUUCAUAAAGGCAAACCUCAGCUGUGUCAAACAGUUCAGGGACUUCUUUGAGAAGCACGAUUUGUGCCCAGAGGAUGUGAAGAAAAACUGUUUGCAGGUCCUGACUGAGAUGAAACAGUCUGCCCACACUUAUUUAUUAACUCCUGUGCACAAGAGCCUCAAGCCACACUACCAGAAACUGGGAACCAGUGACUGGCUGAAGAAGAACACGUUUGAGAAGCUGCUGAACAGCACUGAAGACGAGCUUCAAGAACUUCAGGGUUCGAGUCAGUCCUCUUACCAGGAGCUGAUUGGUCAGCUUCACCAGGAAGUGACAGUAGAAUAUGUCCGGAGGCUCCUGAAAGGAGAGGUCAAACUGAAGGACAGCAAUGAGCAGCAGAAGGCUUACGAGACUGUGAAAGAAAAUGCAGAGAAACUGCACGAGCUGUUUGCCAGAAUGGAAAGAUGUGUGUCAGGGGCAGGAAACCGUGAAAAACAUGUUUCAGCUCUGCUUAAACUCAAAGCAAACCUCUCCAAAGCCGACAAGAAAACUAUCAAAAGCACAGUGCUGGACAUACUGAAAGAAAGCCAUACUAAUGCUGAAACCCGGGCGUUUUUCUCCAAAGUUGAAGUGACGGGCAGUUGA